CAGAAGAAUAGAAGAAAAUGUCCCCGGAAAUAUUUCCCUUUGAAAUGCACGAUAAAUAAAAGCUGUGCGUUUAUUCGAUAUUAUAAUUCUGUGACUCAAUAAGUAAACGAAAUGUUGAGCAUGGACAUCUCCUCUGAUGAAUCUGACGACUGGUUUAUGGAGUCUCUAAUCGCAUACAGAGACCUGCAUCUGUUUCAACUCGACCAUCCUACAAAAGUAAUUGAGUGGACGGGUGACAAAAGUAUUUGUGUUGCAGGAUACACCGGAGCUAGAUGUGAAAUAUUAGAGUUACUUCUGCCUCUAAAGUUAUAUGCAGGAGACAAUCAAGGUCUUUGUGCAGAAAGAGACUUCAAGGUACAGCAUGGUGGCUUUUCAGAGGAACCUGUCGAGUUGAUACAUAUCCCAGGAACAAGGUGUGUGGCCACUAGUGGAAAUUCUAAUACACUGCAGAUUUGGGACAUUGGAGGCGAUGACAGUGAUGUUAUUAAGACUGGUGUCAUAAACCUCAAGAGCCCAUCAGCAAAAGGCAGUAAAAUAACACCUGGAUUCACAGACAGUCCAACAGUUCUUCAUGGUUCUUGUAUAAGUGACAUUCAGCUGACAGAGAUUGCAACAGGACAGGUUCUGUAUACAGUAGGGAAAGAGUCCUCGGAUUCAGUGAGUGGCCUACAGUUUGUGAAUGCUUUUGUGUUCCUCAUCUGUUCAAGCAACGGUGCUUUACUCCUUGGUGACACGAGAGAUCCCUCGAUUUGUCAUUAUCCUCUGGAAGAGAGUAACAGUGGUUUGCACUGGUCAUUUGGGUUGAAGAGUGACAGCUCUCAAUCAGAACCUUCCUGUUGUAAAGUAGCAAGAGUGUCUUCUUCCGGUCACAUGCUUCUAUCUGAUCUAAGAGAUUUACAGAGUCCUUUUUGUCAUACUCAAAUAAAGGUCCCACACAGUGCAUCAAAGAACCACUUUAUGAAUUCUUGGGCCCCCGUUCUCGACAAAUGUCUGUCUGUCAGACAAGCUGUUUGCAAUCCCUGUUUUUAUUUUUUAUUCAAAAUGAUGUCACACAAAAAUGAGCAUUUAGCAAUAAUUACAAAUAUGAAUCUCUUGUUACUUACUGAUGACAAAUAUGUUUUUUGUUGGGAAGGGUUCGAUGGAACAGUUCACAUCUACAACACGAACAAUUGGAGCACUGAGUCAUUGAGCCCUCAGCCAAUAUUUUCACACCGAGGUCAUGAAAUGUCACAUGAGGCAAUAUCCAGCACUUCCCCAGCUGUGGUCACCACUCAUUCUUGGCAUCAGUCUCGACCAAAAACUCUUCUUUCUGCAGCUACAGAUGGAUCUCUGCAUGUGUGGGACUGGGUGGACAAAAUCACGGACAGAUGAUGCUGAUCAGUAGAAAAAACAAUUGUGUAAUGACACAAGAUGGAUUUUUGUCUUUUUUUAAAGAUUUGCAAAGUAAUUUGCAGCCUGAGUACAAUGUUUGCAAACCAAAUAUUAAUAAAUAACACUGUCUUUGAG